AUGGCUUGCACCCGACGCAGGCGUGUAGUCGGGUGCCUUGGCUACUUCAUUGGCAUAUACUUUGUAAUUUAUAUGAGUCUAUAUGCUCGUCAGUUUCAAGUUGAAACGGAGUUAGGAUCAUGUUUUACAAAGCAUUAUAAUUAUUUUGUAAGUAAGAUGCCUCCACUCAAAAUAUAUCUUUAUAACUUAUCCCUUCCAUACCAAAUCAAAAUCGCUCAUCAUCAAUACGUUCAAGCCAUUCCAGGAAAUUUGGCCCAUACAACAGUUUUUGAGUAUAUUGUGCCAAAGACAAUUGAAUAUUAUAAGCAUCGUGUAUACGAUCCUGAAGAUGCUGACUUAUUUUACGUACCUUUAUACGGAGCGAUAUUUAAUCAACAUCGAGAAAUCGGCGACAUCGAUAAGAUUAUUCUGCCUCAAUUAAGAGAAGCUGGACCAUACUUCGACCGAUCAGAUGGUAUUGAUCAUGCUUGGACUCAAAUGUUAUUUUCUCAUAACAAUAUUCCAAUUACGCCAUAUCAUCAACACCAUCUUCCAUCAAUGAUUACACUUGGUGAUCUUGAUUAUAAUUAUACAGUUACAAACUCCCGUGAAUCUUUGAGAAAUAGCAACUUCCCACUAACUUCAAAUAUAAAUCAAGUAGACAUUAUAGAUUCCGAUAAUACUAGGCCUAUCACUGCGUUCUUUAUCGGUCAAAUUGAGCUCAGUGGCUUCGAUGAACAAGCUACACCAAUUCGACGAGGAAUGGCAGAAGAAAUGCAUAGAAUUCCUCAUGCCGUUAUUAUAAAUGCCAAGAGAUAUGACCCAAUUCACUCAGUUUACAACUAUAACUUUUCAAGGAUGAUGUUAAGUUCAGAAUAUUGCAUUGUACCUCAUGGAGAUGGGCCAACAACAAAAAGAUUAUUUGAUACGUUUAGAACUCUAUGCAUUCCUAUUGUUCUUAGCGAUCAAAUUCGUUUUCCUUUUGAAAAUCUUUUUAUUGACUAUUCAAAGGUUGUUAUUCAAAUUCCUGCUUUCCAUCCUGAAGAUAUAGGUGUUGCCAUGAGUCUCCCCAAUAAAAAACGAAGAAUUGAGCUUCGAGCAAAUAUGCUCAGAUUAUCAGAUAUUCUUGCCCAGAAAUUUACAUUUAAGCCGGAAUCCGGUGACCUAAUGUGGGCCUGGCUUUGGGUACAUUACUUUAAAUUGGCAACUGUCGCUGCAUCGAAGCGUAGAACUCUCCUUGCAUCGCCUUACUUAUAG